ACAUAGAGCCAUCGACAAGCCCGUACAGUGUUAUACAAGGGAGACAAAUCAGGCUAGCUUGUUUUCCUAAUCAAUUAAUACCAUCCAUUGGUUACAUAUGGCAUAAGAAUGGUGUACAAAUCACAACACAAUCAGUAUAUAGAGUAAAUUCAGCAGAGAGAUCGGAUAGUGGAAAUUAUACUUGUUCCUUUGGACCUGGUACGACAUCUACACCUAUUCAAGUUGAUGUUUUAUAUCCACCUACUGUAUCAACACCAUCAACAUAUCAAGUAAUAGAGUCAACUGAUCUAACCUUACAGUGUACAGCUACAGCUAAUCCUGGUAAUAUCAACUAUAGAUGGACUGGACCUGGUAAUCUGGACUAUACUAGAUCUAGUUUAAAUAUAUCUAAUAUAGGUAAAGACAGGUCAGGUGUUUAUACAUGUACAGCUACUAAUAAUAUGAAAACCUACAACCGGACCACCAGAAACAGGUAGAGGAACUAGUACAACAUCAGUUAAUGUAUUGUAUGGACCAACAGUUACUAUAUCACCUGAUGACGUCACUAUAAUAUUAGAAGAUUUUGACCAUAGAUUAACUUGUACAGUUCAGUCUAAUCCUACACCAACAAUCUUUACAUGGUAUCUACCUAAUGGAACUAGUAUACCUGGUGAUAGACAACUGGUUAUAUCUAAGAGAGAUCAGAGUGGUAUAUAUAGAUGUGAAGCUAAUACUACACUAGUACCAACUAUUGGUGAUCCUAUAACUAGAUCUAAUAGUACUACUAUAAAUAUUACUGUACUGUUCGGUCCCAUGGUAACUGUAUCAGUUGAUUCUGUAACUAAAACAGAGAAUGAUGACCUUCAGUUGAUCUGUACCGUUGAAUCAAAUCCACCACCAACAACGUUUAAAUGGUAUAAACCAGACGGUAGUAGUGUUGAUGUAUCUUCUAAUGGACGACUUGAUAUAACUAGAAUUACCAGGAAUCAGGGUGGUAUAUAUAGAUGUGAAGCUACUACUACUCUAGUACCAACUGAUGGUAGUCCUAUAACUAGAUCUCAUAAUAAAACUAUAGAUAUUACUGUACUGUUAGUGACUUCGCCAUCAUCAGCACUAACAACAGGUUUAAUAGCUGGAGUUGUUGUAGCCGUUUUGAUUAUUAUUAUUAUUAUUACCGGAGUAGUUGUACUGGUACGCAAGUUGAGGAAAAGAGCGAAUGACGAAGGGGAAUCAUCAACAUACGCCGGUUUAGAUAUGGGUACAAGAACAGCUACUAGUGUAAAUGAUCCAACCUACCAAAGUUUACAACAUUUUAACCUUGUACCAUCAUCUUCAGCUGAUAUCCCAAGUUUAGAACACUAUGAUAAUCAGCCACCAUCUUGUUCAGAAGCCCAAUCUGGUGGACCUGGAAUCUAUGAAAAUCUGACAUCAUUUGGAAAUAGCCAGAGCCAUUUAAACCGAGAAGAGCCAAGGGCUGCAAUAGAUAACAAUACCGUUGGCAAUAUUGAAAAUCUGUACGAAAACAUACAGAUGACCAAUUCUUGAGCUUUGGCUUGACCCAGAAAGAAAUGCAAUCCAACUCUACUUGCUAGGCUGCAAAUUACAUAGGAGUCAGUGUGGAUUGUGACGGUACGACGAUUCUCCCAGGGAAUGCUUGUAGAAUAUAUUUUCAUAAUUUUCAUUCAUAAAUUUUAAUCAUUUUAUUACAUACUGAAUAUUGUCAUAGUUUCUAUUGAUUAUCUCUUGGGGGUUGGAUGGCAGAAUUGUAAGCACGUGCGCGCUAUAUCAUAAGGCCUGUCAUUGAGUCAACUGGCCUGGUUUCGAAUCCCCGGUUGUACGUGACAAGGAGUAGGGUUGCCUGCCCAACCUACGCUAAAGACCCCUACGCACAAGAAAAUUCUAGAAAUAAAACUGAAACAUAUGUUAGUCCCGAAAUGACCUAGAUUGUGUCGAGUGGACGUUAAACCCGCUCUCUCUGUCACUCUCUCUCUCUCUCUCUCUCUCAACGCGAUAGGUUUCAUAAAAAUAUGUUACAUGUCACGUCACACUCACUUGUUUUGUCUGUCUGACUGAUAAAUUUCAAAACAAUAUGUUACACGUCACAAUAACUUGUUUUGUCUGCAGGACUGAUAAAUUUCAAAUCAAAAUGUUGCACACGAUGCAGUGGCUUUUUAUAAACAUAAACAAUGUCUUGGAUAUCAAACACACAGUAUUCCAGGUUCUUCUAGCCCAACACAAAGAAUUACAAAUUGUCUGUAAACAUGGAGGAAAAAGAGAGUGGUAGGAAAGAAAAGGAGAGAGAAUGUAAAAAAUGUCGACUAGGAAGAUCACAAAUGUUACACAUGUAUGAAGGAUCAGCAACCAUCCAUGGUGUACCUAAAAUAAUGUCUCCUCAGCUAUAUUCUUUUAGACGAUAUUUGUGGACAAUAAUGUUGCUAGCGAUGACCACUGGUUUGGUCAUUUUCCUGUAUAAAUCGUUUACAAAAUAUUAUGAAUAUCCUAUCAUUACCAAUACACGACUGGAGUUUAACCACGAAAUGCAGUUUCCAGCAGUUACUAUCUGUAACGCCAACCAAUUCCGUCAACACAAAAUACCCAAUGACGACUGGGAAAUCAAAGACCUUAUUUUUAAAAUGAGCGAGAUGUCCGUUUUAAGCGAAUACUUUAAGCAGCAUUUCAUCAAAAUUACCUCUGUUGUUUAUUCAAGUCCAAUUUCAGUGCCCGAAGCUCACUUGGGUAAAAAUUUAUACAAAUUUGCGCUAAAUGCCGCCCAUAAAUUGGAGGACAUGUUUAUUGUGUGUUUAUGGGGAGGUGCUGUUGUUAAUUGUUCUAAAUAUUUUGAGACAGUUAUCACCGAUAUGGGUGUGUGUUAUACCUUUAAUUCCAACAGAUCGUCACCAAUGACGUCAUAUGGAUCAGGUUCUAUGAGUGGACUAAGGGUUAUUGUAGAUAUUCAACAACCGGAAUAUUAUUUCUCUCAAAUAUCUUUGGCAGGGAUUAAGGUUUUAUUACACGAACCAGGUUCCGCCGCCAUGAUGUCAUCAAGUGGAUUCGUUGCACGACCAGGUUCGUCAACUGCCGUCACCAUCAAAAAAGAAAGAAUAGACGGGUUGAGUAAACCCUAUAAAGCUUUUGGAUCUGAAUAUUGUGUGACGUCACAUGAACCUUGUUUCAAGACGCCAUUAGACAGAUACAAAGAUUAUAUUUAUACACGACAGACAUGCACAAUGAACUGUUUAACAGAUGAUUACGUCAAACAUUGUAAUUGUCGUAGUUUAUUUGAUAAAGGUGAAGAAGAAUAUUGUUCUUUAAGUGCAUUAACGGAUUGUUACAUUCCUUAUAAAGCCGUGGCCAACAUAUCUGAUAUAUUAAAGAACUGUACUUGUCCUAGUCGUUGUGUUAAAGAAAAAUAUAUAUCUUCAAUAUCCGUGGCUGAUUUUGCUUCUACAUUCACCAAGGACUAUAUGGUAAACAACGGAAUACUUAAAAAUAGAAGUGGUUCAUACAUCAGUGAUAAUGUGAUAGAUCUGAGGAUUUAUUAUGAAACAUUAACAGUUACAGUUACUGAACAGAAAGAAGAAAUUACCAUAGAAACUAUAUUAGGUGAUUUGGGAGGUCAGAUGGGGUUAUUUAUAGGAGCGAGUGUUUUAUCAGUGAUUGAAUUAGUCGAGUUUGUAACAUUGUUAUUCAUUGGUUGGUAUAAUGAACGUAAAGAUAAAUUAAAGACAAAACAAGCUCCAAUGGAACAUAUUAAUAAAAUAUCAUCAGACAGUUAUUUGUGAUUUAUUCUGUUAUUUGUCCAUCUAUAAAUAAAUCCAAUAUGGCGACGUGAUGUCGCGAAGGGUACCAACAAGUUUAUACCCUCGUUCACUUAUCCAGAAAGUCAUAACAUAAAAUAUUAGUGUCUUUAGAUACAAA